CUGCGGGGCUCCGCCGCCGUGCUACAGCAUUAGCAGCGGCAGUUAUGUGACUGGAAGAGCUGAAACUUAGGACCGGCUGCUACCACCAUGAGAUAAGAUGGAGACUGCAUCCACGGACGCCUGUGCGACAGAGGAGGAUGAAAGUUCAGACUCGGAGGUGUUUUGUCUGAUGAGAAUCGGAAGAAGUUCAGACUGGCUUCGCCUGUUCGACAACACGGAGAUCUCGGUUGGCCGCGGCGUGGAUGUGACCUAUCAGCUGCUCUCACCCAGCUGUCCCCUCAUGAUCUCCAGACUGCACUGUGUCUUCAGGCAGAAGGAGCACGGCCACUGGACGGUGACAGACAAGAAGAGUCUGAACGGCGUGUGGUUGAAUGGAAAUCGCAUACCUUCUGAUGAAGCCCGUCGGAUCAGGGUCGGAGACACCAUUCAACUUGGAGUUCCUAUUAUAGGAACCAAAGUAGAGUUUGAAUACAUUCUUGUCCAGAGGUCACUCAAAGACAUUCAACUGUACCUGGCAGACGGACAUAAAGAGGGUGAAAAAGCACCACAUUUACCCAAGAAGCUCAAGAGAAAGUUGGCCACUGAAGAAGUCCAGCCUUCUACCUCAAAGCCAAAGCUGUACCGUUGCUCUUCAGCAGACAAGUCCUAUGGAAAGCCCUGCCCUUUGUCUCUGGUGAAAUACCAGCAGGGGCAGAGUCACACAAAACCAGAGGAGACCACUUCCAGAAGGCAUCAUCGGGAGGCAGAUCGACGCUCCAGCAGUUCCCGAGCCUCCCGCUCUCCCUGUGACCUGGACAACCUGCAGAUGUACAGCCAGAACAUCCAACUGCUGAGGCAGCAGGUAGAUGACACUCAGAGACAGGUGGCGUCUCUGGAGGGACGACCCCGACAGGCUCUCGCACUCCGAGGGGAGCAGGUCCUGGGGCUUCACAGUCAGUUGGAAAUGCUCAGAGCCAAAAUGCAUCGGAUGGAGACGUUAGAGAAGUCCUUCAGUGAAACCAAGAGACUGCUAGAGGAGCAGAAAACACAUCAACAAGAAGAACUCAUGAAAAAACAGCUGGAAGAAGCCUUGCAAGAGCAAAAGAAAGUGAUAGAUGAACUUGCUAUAUCGAGACAAGCCUUUGAAGAGGUCCUCUCGGCCAAAAACAAGGAGCUAGAGGUGACAAAGGAGGAAAAAGAAAAGGCACGAGCCCAGAAAGAAGAGGUAGUUACACAGGUGACUGAAGUUCUGGAGAACGAGCUUCAGUGCAUCAUCUGCUCAGAGCUCUUCAUCGAGGCCGUCAUCCUCAACUGCGCUCACAGCUUCUGCUGUUACUGCAUCAAGCUGUGGCGCAAAAAGAAAGACGAGUGUCCCAUCUGCCGACAGGCCAUCCAGUCUCAGACACGCUGUCUGGCUCUGGACAACUGCAUCGACAGCAUGGUGGAGAACCUGAGUCUGGACAUGAAGACCAGGAGGCAGGCCCUCGUCACGGAGAGGAAAGCUGAGCAAGCCCGUGACCAUAAUUUCAAACAGUCAGCAGCUGAUGUCGCAGAGGUGAUGGUGAUCCACGAUGACGACAGCAGCAGCAGCGCCGGCGGCGGCGACACCAGCAGCAGCGACAUCAGCAGCAUCAGCAGCAGCAGCAGCAGCAACAACAGCGACGGUAGCCUGGUGUCCAUAUAUAGCAGCCUGGGCUCCGUGGUCUCCUUGGACACAGACAGUAGCAUCCAUUUGGACUUUGAUGAGAGUUUCGAUGAGGUUGAAGAUUAGCCGUUCGUCUCCUUCAGGCUGGAAUGUAACGUGGACUUUCUGUUAUUUUUUGGGAAUUUCCCUGGAAUGUUUCCAGGACCUUUAGGAUUCAGUAAGCAAAUGUCUCAUGAGUAAUUUUGCAAGGGUUUGGCUGAGUAUUAUCUUUGUAUUUGUAUUUCUGUUUGUUUUGUAAAAUGAUUGUUCGUGUUAUAACCAUGUUUUUCAGCAAAAGGAAUAAAGUUUCAUUCUAUGCAUUUUUACUGUCACCCCUGCCUUUGUGUCACAGAGCACGGAUUGGUGUUCCCAGACCGUAAAGUCACCUCCAACAUGUUUCAUUCAUAUGCAUUAUUUGUAUAAACUCAUUUAGUGUCACUAAACCUACAGUAAGUUUGUUGUUUCUGUGUUUUGUUGUGUUUUUUUUUCCUUUUUCCAAAGUACAAAUCGAGGCAAACAUCAACAUAUCCUGGUAAAACAGCACUACCUGUAGAGGUCCAGUGAAUCACUCCUGUAAUCUGUUAAUCAUCCUAUGAAGUAUUGUUUUAGAUAAAAUGUUAGUCUUUUCAGUUUGACUGAAAUCAUUAAAGAGACUGAUACUG